GCUUUGAUCGAUAUUCUAAUGAGGCGUGUCCAACCUUGAGCCAAUGAAUGUCAAGCUAGUCGCUGCAGCAUGCUACCGGCGAGGAACGUCAGAGCGGCUUUAAACUAGCAUGAGCACGGUUGCUACCAAAAUAUCAUACAGCCCAGCUUGCUGCUAGCACACCACGGAGUUAUUGUUUUUUGUUUUUACCUUUUUAAAAAUUAAGAAUUAGCAUAAUGCAACCUUGAAGGUUAAAAGGUGAUCGGAUAAGGCCGUAGCCAUUUAAAGCAAUCAUCCUCAUCUCCUAACCAGGCAUUCAGGUAGAGGUAUUCUGUCUGAAGGGAGAAGAGUGAACAAAAGGGGACGAUGGAGUCGUCGGACGGCUUGUUGCUGCAAGUCAACAACGGCGAGCAGUGGUGCAACCGCUGGAAGCGGCCCAAUGACGACUCCGACCGAAGCACCAGUCCGUCAGUGCUGCGCUGCGUGGCCACCACGUGGAAGGAAGGGCUGCUGAACAGGAAGAGGCCCUUUGUGGGCCGCUGUUGUCACUCGUGCACGCCACAGAGCUGGGAGAAGCUGUUCAACCCUAGUAUUCCAUCGCUGGGACUGCGCAAUGUCAUCUACAUCAAUGAGACGCACACCAGGCAGCGCGGCUGGUUGGCACGCCAGUUGAGCUACGCUCUCUUUGUCAUGGAGAGGGAUGUCCACAAGGACAUGUUCCCCAGGAACGUGGUGGAGAAUGUGCUCAACAACGACAGAGUGACGAGUGCCAUCUUCAGCGUGGCCGCCGAUCUGGAUGGCAGCCAGCCUGGUUCUGAGCACAAAACUGUCAGGAAGGUCAAGCAGAAGACCAGGACCUUCCUCCAGAAGAUGGUGGCCAAUGUUUCCCCAGCCUUCAUCAGGCUGACGGGCUGGGUUCUCCUGAGGCUCUUUAACGGUUUCUUCUGGAGCAUUCAGAUCCACAAGGGGCAGCUGGAGAUGGUCAAGAAAGCAGCUGCAGAGCAGAACGUGCCCAUGGUCUUCCUACCCGUACACAAGUCCCACAUCGACUACCUUCUCAUCACGCUCAUUCUUUUCUGUCACAAUAUCAAAGCGCCGCACAUUGCUGCCGGAAACAACCUCAGCAUCCCCAUCCUCAGCACCCUGAUCCGUAAACUGGGAGGAUUCUUCAUACGGCGGAAAAUGGAGGAGUCCAACGACGGGAAGAAAGACAUUUUGUACAGAUCACUCUUACAUGCAUACACAGAGGAGCUGUUACGCCAGCAGCAGUUCUUGGAGGUCUACCUGGAGGGGACACGCUCCCGCAGUGGCAAGCCGUCGCCGGCGCGCGCAGGAAUGCUCUCCAUUGUGGUGGAUGCGCUGCACACGGGCUCCAUCGGCGACGUGCUGGUGGUGCCGGUCGGCAUCUCGUACGACCGCAUUAUCGAAGGCAACUACAACAGCGAGCAGCUGGGCAAGCCCAAGAAGAAUGAGAGCCUGUGGGGUAUAGCGUGCGGCGUCUUCCGGAUGCUGAGAAAGAACUACGGCUGUGUCCGAGUUGACUUCAACCAACCCUUUUCUCUAAAGGAAUACCUGGAUAGCCAGAGAAGCCGCCACAUUCCGCUACCAGUCUCCCUGGAGCACGCCUUAAUGCCUACCAUUAUAGAAGCGCAGCCUGAUGCUCAGCUGCUUGAUCGCCAGGAAGAGGAGGAAGGCCAACAGGACAGAGAUCUUCCUGAAGACCUCUGCAGACGACAGCUCAUCAACAACCUUGCCAAGCAUGUGCUUUUCACGGCUAACAAGUCGUCCGCCAUCAUGUCCACCCACAUUGUGGCCUGUUUGCUGCUUUACAGACACAGACAGGGUGUGGUGCUGUCUAAGCUGGUUGAGGACUUCUUCAACAUGAAGGAGGAGGUGCUGUCGCGGGAUUUCGACCUGGGCUUUUCAGGCAAUUCCGAGGACGUGGUAAUGCGUGCCUUGCACCUGCUGGAGAACUGCAUUGCCGUUACCAGCAGCGCCAACCGCAACGGCGAGUUCACCAUCGCACCCAGUCCAACGGUGCCGGCGCUCUUCGAGCUCAACUUCUACAGCAAUGGCCUGUUCCACGUCUUUAUUCCCGACGCCAUCAUUGCUUGCAGCGUGCUAUCACUGCAGCGAGAGCAGGUGAUGGAAUCGGAGUCAGGGAAGCAGCCAAGUGGCAGCGCCGGCUUCCCCCUCAGUCAAGAGAAGCUUAUCCGCAAAGCCGCAGGCCUCUCACACUUCUUGGUCAACGAGGUGGCCGUGGCCUCUCCCUGUCAGACGAUUUACCAGGUUUUCCACGACGCAGUGACCCGCCUCAUCCAAUAUGGAGUGCUCUACAUAGCGGAGGAGGACCAGGAGGAACUCAGCCCCAGUCCUACAGAAGAUCCUUGGCCAAAAAAGUUCCCAGAGCCGCUCUCCUGGAGGAGCGACGAGGAGGAUGAAGACAGCGACUUUGGAGAGGAGCAGCGGGAUCGCUACCUAAAAGUGAGCCUCUCAGAAGAGCACCAGGAGUUCUUCGUGUUCCUGCAGCGGCUCCUCAGCCCCGUGCUGGAGGCAUACAGCGGCGCCGCCAUCUUUGUGCACAGCUUGAGUCAGCCCAUGGCCGAGUCUGAAUAUACGCAGCGGCUCUUCAGAUACCUGCUGACCCGCACCGAGAGGAGAGUGGCUGCUUAUGGGGAAAGUGCAACUCAUUACCUUGUGAAGAACACUGUGAGGACAUUCAAAGAGCUUGGGGUCCUCAAGGAGAGGAGAGAGAACCGAGUGUCGACGCUGGAGCUGAGCACCACUUUUCUACCUCAGGCCAACCGCAACAAACUCCUGCACUACAUUUUAGGCUUCACCCUGCUGUGACCUGAACGACAAGGCCUCCUCGAGGCUCCCUCUGUUAAAAGGGCUUCCACUGGCGACUGAUCCCAGGUGCUAAACACUGCGGACUGCUUUACCAGGAAGUGCCUUUGCGUAAAAAAACAACAAAAAAACACUUGGUAGUGGUUUUCCGUACUUUGGUUCCUCCAUAACUUUUUAAUCUAUCCUAUAGGCCUGUGAUUAAGAAUCAGUUUGAGUUCAAACAAAAGCAAGCUGCCUUUCAUGUACACAAGUAAGCAAAUCACAACCACCCGCCAUAGACCACAAUAAUCAGCAUCUAUAUUAUAUAGUCGGAGUGCACUUAGUUUCAUGUGCAUCUUAAGUGCAUUCACUUCAACUUAUAUGGCAACAGCAGAAACUUGUCUGCUGUGUUUUACAGGGAAAGCAAGAGAUGUGACAUUUUAUGGGAUUAUAUCUGUAUUAUGAAUGUGAACGCGCUGUAUACCGGGAAAAAAGCCUUUAGCUCCCUUGUCUUUGGAGUUGUUUACUCUUAAAUAGUUAUUAUAGGAGCUGUAAAGACAACUAAUUGUUUACUGUUUUCCCCCCCCCCAGACACACUGGCUCUAAAAUCAGAUUUUUUUUUUUAGGUUUGGGACAAAAAAUGUAGGAGGAGAACAGUAUAAAGGUUAAAGUAAGUCACUACUGGAGGAGACGCUAUGUUGUAUUUCAAGGCAAUGAAAUGGUUCUUGCCAAGCAUAAUGUCUAUUUAAAUCUUUAAACCCGCAUGUGUUCAUGCAGAACUUGUUAAUCUGUGAAUGGUGGGAAAUGUAGAUCCGUAAGAGCAUAAAAAAAUGAAUACAUUGGAAUGGUGGCCAGGGUGGCAUCUCAGUGAAUGCUGGAGCUGGAUCAUUGUCAAGAUAAUGCCACUCUUAAGUGCUGUACUGCAUGUUUGCUCUUGUUAACACUUUACUGUAGUAGGACAGGGGGUGUCCAAAGUCUGGCGCAGGGGCCAUUUGAGGCCAACAGUGUGUUUUUCAUUGGUCAUUUUCUUAAAAACAAUUAAAUAAACAUGGCAAAGGAGGAUUAGGGCCACACUGAGUAGAAAAAGUGCUUUCUUACUUAAACAAAUUCUUUCAAUAUAUUUACCAAAAUACAAUACCAAAGUGGCCCCUGUAUGCUUCAGCUUUGGACAACCCUGCUGUAGACUUUAGGUAAUCUCUUGAAUUGUAUUCUACAGUCCAAAUGUGAAUUGUUAUGCUGAGGAGCCUGUUGAAUGUAUCUGCCCCCCUUGAAAAAGGCAUUGUGAUUGUAUUGACUUGGUGCGGACAAAAGUAUUGGCGCUCAGAGCUGUGACAUCCAUAGGAAGUCAAAUUGGAAGGUGAAGUGUUAGGCAAAACGGGGGGGUCUCUAUUGAUUAUUUAAUCAAUGUGUGUGUCUAAAUACUUCUGUCCAUUAAACUACCUGAGUCAAGAGCAACUAAACAAACACACAUACCUUAGUAAGUAGGGUUUCAAAACGCCUGUAUCAUGGGAGCAGGUAUCUUUUUUUUAAUGCACUGUCUUGUUCUUGUGUUUGUGUGUGUGUGUGUGUCUGCGCAUGUUAACAAUUCAGUGUGGGAAUCAUAAAUAAGAAAAAAAACCACUGUGCAUUGUAAUGUUAAAACAUAUACCAGAUAACAUGACAAGAAUCACCAGCCACUAAAAUGUGUUUUUGUUCUUUGUUUUUUUGGCUUUCUGAAAGCAAAGCACAAUUGUCAUCAUUAGAUGUGUAAAUAAAUGAUUAAUUUUUA